AUGUCCCAACUUAAGCCCUCAACGUCAUGUAUAUCUUCCAAUCACCAGAUUCACAAUUCCUCUCAUGUAUUUCUUCAACAUCAUUGGAAGCUAUUUCAAUCCAAUAUCUCUCACCCUUCAAGAUUAUCACAUUUCCCUUCAAUCAACUGCAAUCUUCGGGACAUCCGCCAACGUAUCGCCACCGUGAAAAACGCACAGAAAAUAACAGAAGCAAUGAAACUCGUAGCAGCAGCAAAGGUCCGAAGAGCCCAAGAAGCAGUUGUUAAUGGCCGACCAUUCUCCGAAGCACUUAUCGAUGUUAUCUAUAGCAUCAACCAACAGUGCCAAUUGGAAGAUGUUGACAUACCUUUAACAGACAUUAGACCUGUCAAAAAAGUCGCCCUUGUUGUAAUAAGUGGAGAAAGAGGUCUAUGUGGGGGUUUCAACAAUAUUAUUCUUCGAAAAGCUGAAACCCGAAUUGCUGAAUUGAAGAAUCUCGGACUUGAUUACACUGUUAUUAGUGUUGGGAAGAAGGGGAAUUCGUAUUUCUUAAGAAGACCUAGUGUUUCGGUUGAUAGGUUCAUUGAAGGAGAGGGUUUUCCGAGUGUAAAAGACUCUCAGGUGAUUGCAGAUGAUGUGUUCUCCUUGUUUGUAAGUGAAGAGGUUGAUAAAGUGGAACUUCUGUAUACAAAAUUCGUUUCUUUGGUGAAAUCUAAUCCUGUGAUUCAAACAUUGCUUCCUUUGUCUGCUAAAGGAGAAGUUGUAGACGGAAAUGGUAAUUGUGUUGAUGCAAAUGAAGAUGAGUUUUUUAGAUUAACUACAAAAGAGGGGAAAUUAGCAGUGGAGAGGGAUAAAUUGAUGAGGAAAAAGGAGGGUUUUUUACCGAAUAUGGAGUUUGAACAAGACCCUGUUCAGAUUCUUGAUGCAUUGAUGCCUCUUUAUUUGAACAAUCAGAUAUUGAGGGCGUUACAGGAGUCAUUAGCAAGUGAGCUUGCUUCCAGGAUGAAUGCAAUGAGUAAUGCUACUGAUAAUGCACUUGAGUUGCAGAAGGAUCUUUCAAAUGCUUAUAAUCGUCAAAGACAGACUAAGAUUACCAAUGAAAUACUGGAGAUUGUUGCUGGAGCUGAAGCACUUUUAUAG